GGGGAGGGAGCGAACGGUGGCGAACUUGCUGAAGAAAGGAAAGAAAGAAAGAAAGACAGAAAGAGUCCACGGGCCAUGUUUUAAGAAACGUGAUUACAAGCUGUGUGUUCAGGGAAUCGGGUCAGAGAGCAUAGGGUUGCAAGUUUGGGGAGCUUUAGGGUGGCUGGCCAGAGCGAUUGCAAGAGAUUAGGGUCUCAAGACGUUGGGUGGUUAAGGGUCCUAGAGUGCACGGUCGUUUGGGAUAAUAGUUGAAUAAAGCUAGGACUGGAGGGACUCUAUUUACUGAAUGUCAUCAAAUGGUGAAGAAAGGUUUGCCAGAAGCAGAGUAACUGAAGGGAAAGAGACAUAUGAACAUGGAGCCUGAAGAGGGACAUAAAGAAGAUCAAUCUGGUAGUGCUGGAAAUGAGGGGACAAACCCAGAGAGGAAGGUGGAAAAAACCAACAGUGAAGUGAGCAAGGGGGCAGCAAAAUCAUUACCAGAGACAGCUGAGGAAUUGGAGGGGCAAGAUCAGAGAGAGACUGGCUUAUUUGUGAGCCCAGCUGCCAGGGAAGCAGAAAAAAAGACUCCAGAUGGGAUAGAUCAGUGGGAGAUAAAGGAACGUGAGGAAGAAGGGAUUGUUGGAGAGGGUGGAAUUUUUCUAGAAAUGUAUGGAAAGAAAGUUGUUUCCACAGGUCAGGAUCAGAGAGAGAAAGAAGUUCAUCCAGAUACUGAAGAAAAGAAUGAUUAUCAACAUAACUUGGAUGAGAAGAAGAUUAAAGAGACAACUGAUAGGGAAGGCAUGGCAUUGGAGAAGGUUGAAGUAUUAGCUUUAGACCGGAACUAUUCAGAGGGACGGACUGGAGAGGAGGUUGUUGAAACUGCAGAGAAUCAGAUAGAGGAUAAUCAGUUGUCAAGACUGGGUCAAGGAGGCAGUUUGGAGAUGACUGAAGAGGGAAAGAAUGUAGCAGUUGUAGUUGGCCAGGGAAAAGCUGAGGAAAUGUUAAGUACAGGUGACACAGAGAAUAUGGCUCUAGGAGGAGAUGCAACUUCAGUAGUAUAUCAGAGAGAGACUGAAGAAUCUGUAGGAUUAGGUGUGGAGCAAAAUAAAUUGUUUACCAAAGCUGGGGAUUCAGCCUUGGAUGAGGCAGAGACUCGGGUAUUGGUUGUACCAAAUGAGGAAGAAUCUGGAGAGAUUAUCAAAGGGGAAAUGUUGACAUUUGGAGAGUAUCAGGAUAAGAAGAUAGCUGAAGUAGAUCAGAGAGAGACAGACAGUUUAACUGCAGGUGGAGCUGAGGUACCAGUAGAAAGCCAGGGAAAACCUGAGGAAGUGUUGGAGAAUCUCAGGGAAGAUGGGGAGAUCACCGCAGAGAGAGAUGCAACAAUGGUUGAGGAGGAAGCCAGGCUUUUGGAAGCAAAUCAGAUGCAGGUUGAAGAGACUGGGAAAGAAGAGGUACCAUCAGCACGGAGUCAGGGGAAAGCUGGGAAAGCACCAGGACCAGAGGUUGAUCAGGUAGAGGCAGAGAUGGGAAUUGAAGAGAAAGAUGCCAUGUCAACACCGCAUCAAACAAAGGCUGAGGAGUUGGUUGAGGGAAGUCAGGGAGAAAGUGUUAAAUAUGUGGAACCAGUGGAGGAACAAAAAUUAACUGCAGAAGGAGAUGUGACAUUAACAGUGGUUGAAAGUAAGGCUAAAUAUUUGCAGGAGACAAGUGAGGUAGUAAUGGGAGGGGAGGAUAUCACACUAGUUGUAGAGACAGAGGAGGAGAAAGUUGGGGAAGGGACUGCAGAAGAAGAUGUGACGGAGACAAUUGAAGAUAAGACUGAGGAUUUGGUGGAGACAAGUGAGGGGAUAACAGGAAAGGAAGAUGUGGUAGCGGCUGUGGAGGCAGAGAGAGAGACUGUUGCAAAGGUGACUGCAGAAGAUGAUGUAUCAUUACCAGUAGUUGAAGUUAAGGUUGAAAGUUUGGUGGGCAUUAAUGAAAUACUUAUGGGAGAGGAGGACAUGGCACUAAACGUUGAAGCAAAGGGGGAGACUGUAGAGCAGUUAAUUACAGAGAAAGAUGUAGCAUUGACAUUAGAUCAUGGAGGAGAAGUAACAGAAGCACCAGAAAGUAUAAGUAGAAUACAAGAAGAAAUCCCUCAGAUAGUGGUGGAGGAAAUACCUGUGCAAAGUCAGGAGAAGACAAGUAAAGAAAAAAUGGAAUCAGAGGUGGUUGAAGAGAAAGUUGGAGAUUUAACAGAACCAGAACAGAGGCCAGCAGAACAAGUAGGACUAUAUCAGAGGGAAAGCAAAGAGCUGGCUUCAGCUGGCAUGAUUGAUAAAAUGGAAACUGGAGAAUUAGAGGUGGCAUUAGCAAUUAAUCAGAAUGAAGUAAUGGAAGGACUGAGACCAUUUCAGGAAAAGGCAGAGAUUGCUGUCAUAGGUGAUGAAAAUUUGACAUUACGCCAGCAAGAUGCUGUGGGAGAAAAAUUACCCUCUCAAGAAAAGAUUUUAGUUUGGAGUCCAGAACUGGAAGGACCAACUCAGAAGAUAGUUGGAGUGGGCUCCGGAGAAGGGAUAUCCAGAUCAGAUAAGAAAGAGGUUAAACAGAGUCAAGAACAUGUUGCAGAAUUGGGCUUAGAUCAAGUACAAUUAUUAGAAACAAGCAUGAGGAUCACUGAAGAAUUAGGUAAAUUGGGUUUCUCAGUGGCCCCAUCACCACUGUCGCAACAUACUGCCAUGGGAAGUGAAGAACACAGUCGCAAAAGGAAAGGUAAAAUAAUUUUAGGCUUGGCAGGGCUGCGACAAGGGCCAAUUCCAGUAACACGGCGUGGGCCCACUCGGUCAGCAGGAGGCUAUAAUGGUGUGUUGGCACAUAUAGCUCCAGGAUUGAUUGUGACUGGCUUAACAAAGGCUGAGCAAAAGAGACCAAUAAAACAAGGUCAUAAGCAGUUGAAGACAGAACAAAGAGAGACUCGAUCAGCUGAACAGGGGCGUUUUGGAGUAAGAAGGAAGUCAAGUGAAGCAGUGGUCCUCAUGGGUUACCGAAUUGGGCGGGAAGGAAUGUCUUGUUCUUCAGAGGCAGAGAAGAGGAUGGUGAAAGUUCAGCAGGUGCCUGAGUUAGAGGAGAUUGAAAAAAAGCCUGCAGUAGAACAGGCAGAGGUAUCCAGGCAGGAACAGGAAGGAAGGAAGGAAGAAGCAGAAGAAAGUAAUGCUAAUAAAGUAGCAAGGCAUCAUCUAGAGGAACUGUCAAGGGCAUGGCUUGGUAGACCAUGGACACAGGAUUAUACAGCAGCACAAGGAAGUUCUGGGUCGACUGCAGGCAUAGGACCCGGACAUGGGCGUACUUCAGGGUCACUUCAGGCAAAAAUAAAAGAAAGAAUUAACAUGAUGGUGAUGGGUGAGGGUACAAAAAAAUCAGCAGCACAGAGUCCUGAACUGUUACAUUUUGGAAUGAGAAGAAGGGUGUUUGGGCUUACAAGCAAGUCUACAGAUGUGCAUUGGCUGAAUGAGGUAUUGAGGCCAAGACCAGCAUACUCUAAGCUUGGUGUUACAGGUCAUAAGGCUCAUGACAAAGAAGGGAGUCCUGAACUGAUGACUGAGAGGCAAAGUCCUGGUUUAUUAACAAGGAAAAAAGAAUUAAAAGAUUGGAGAGAUGGGGUGAUGGGAAUUGCAAUCAAGAGGUACAAUGCAAUGAGACUGGCUAUGUGGGGAGAAGGCCCAGUUGGUUUGCACAUAAGGGGGAUGAAGUUAGCUGAGGACUCAUGUGCUUUUCCAAGUAGCACCAGUAAGAUGAGUUCCAUUCUGGGACAUGUUGAAAGAAGAAUGUUUAAGAUGGCACAGCAUGUAGCAAGUGAGACAAUAACAGGUUUGGAAGUGGAUGGACAAAGGCUGACUGAAGAGUUAGCAAGGUCAAAGAAGGGUGAAAGGUAA